AUUCCAGCUCUCAUGGCUGUGCUGUGUUGCUUAUUUAGUGUGCUGGACUGUUUCUUGUUUCUUCAUACCGUUUGUGUCGGCGCUUGAAUCCUUUUCAGUGGAAUCUAACAGACACACUUCACACUUUUCUUAAUACAGUCACACUCACACUCACAUGACAGCCCUUCAGGCACACUAGAAAUAUUCUACACCUAUUGACAACUUCCAUAUAAGGUAACACGGGAUGUGCAGCUGGGUGACGUCUCAUCAACAUAUACACAGCUUAGCGGAAGAGUAAUCAGACGCUUACUUAGGUAGCGUGCAGGAAUGGUGUCCAGAUAUCUGUCUCAAUAAAGGUGUGAUUUGAAUCUGAUCUCUCGUCUCCUCUAAGUCCUUUUCCAUCAAACAACUCGGGGAAGUCGUUGAACUUCAACAACAGUCAGUCUUUUUUGUAAAUUGUUACAUUUCAAUUAAAAAAUUCAAGCUGUGUUUAGAAUAUAACUAGGCUAUAACAGCGGCGAGUGGAUGACAUCAAAAGAGCCGCCGCAUGUGAACAUGCCCUUCACAGAUGCGCAGCGCAAGCGAUCGACCUGCACAGUGAAGACAAAGAAUAGAAUAAACUUUCUGUAAAUGCCUGAAAUAUGGGGAUGGUGUUUAUAGGAAAUGUACAGCCAAUGUGCUAAAAGUUUCCCAAAGUGUGAAAUAAUCACAAAGGUUAUAGGUAUACAACGAACCCUGGCGGUUCUAGUGUUAAAGCACAUAUUAGAGGGCAAAAUAUUCUUUUGUAGUUCCAGAUUCAAUAUGUUCAAACAGAAAAUGAAGGAGAUGGACUCAAGAUUUCGAAAAAGAGGUCAGAUUCAGUACAAACACAGAACAAGAACGAUAUGCCCUUAAAGCUGACUAUGAAGAGCUUUCCAAACUAAAAACUGAUAACAGUCUAACCAGACUUCAGCUUAUAAUCAUGGUGAAAAACACAGACAACUCCAAGGCUGGCAAAUUAAGAGACUAGAUGUCUAGACUGCAGUUAGGAAUGAACCAUGCAUUUGUUUCAUGUUAUAAUGCCUUCAUCAGGCCGACUCCCCAAUAGAUCAGUUUGAUCUUUGCUUCAUUGAGCAAUGCUAUUGUGGAAAGCAGAAAACCUUUGCUGUAGCAGAAGAGUUUCCAGGCCAGGGACCUGUAUCUGCGUCCUGAUGGAAGUAGUGUGAAUAAAGGGAGAGAGGGUAACUAGGGUCAUGUGCUUUGCUUGUGGUGGCUUUACCGUUGGGGUCUGAUGGAUUCUGGGUGGGAAGGCCAGUUACUUUUGAUGCAGUGUGAGCUUGUUCCCAUUGGUGGCGGUUAACGUGUUGCAGAAACAGUGGGGGCAGUAGAGGAGAACGGGUUGGAGCAUGCUCUUGUACAGUAGCAGCAGGUGACGGGGGUGACGGAGAGCUUUAAGUUUUCAGAUGAGAGUCUGACACACUGCAACAGGUUCUUUAUGAAUCCCGGGCUGUUCUGCGUUUUCUGGGGGCACUGAUAAAUAGUUCUUUAGUUUUACUUAUAUUCAGUUGGGGGUAGUUGUUGGUGCACCGUUGUGUGAGGUGGGAGAUGGGGUUUUGGUAGGCUGAGGACUGAAGAUAUGAAACAGGAAGUUGAUAAAUGACUGAAUUUAGAAGAUGGAUAUUUAUUCAUUAUUAUUCUGUAAGUCGUUCUUGUCAUCUGGACUUAUUUUUGGAUUUUAUUUUAUUUAUUUUUUUAUAUUUGUUUAAUUUAUUCAGCGUAAUUUGUACAUACAAUGUUUAUUUCAUCUAUUUCAUCUUGUUCAGUUGGGGAAGGUUUAGUUCUGUUUAUACGCAUGUUAAUUGUAUCAAAUAAAAUUAAAAUAUGUUUUUAAAAUCGGUGACAAAAUAGAAGAAAUCAGGAGGCAAUUCUUUUUUUCCUCUGCAAACCUACACAAACAGCAUAUUUAUAACAUUAAUACCAGACGUUACUCAUGUUGACAUUAUCUCUUAGACCUUCCUCUCACAGCAUCAGACGGGUGAACAGCUUUGCUGGAAAAAAUCCCUUUCAUUUAGAAAGCAGCGGUCUGUAGUGAAGGUUAGCCCGGUCCAGAGCUCAGGGACUUCAACGGGAGGUGGUCGUGCGUGAUAUCGUCAUUUCAUCAUACCAUCAUGAGAAUCUGUGUUCACAAAACUGUUUGAAAAGGAGAGUCUGUUUUAUCGGCUUUACUUCUGAAUAAAAAAGGUUUAUUGUCAUUCAUUAUAAUAAAUCCUAAUAAAUAUUGUGGCAGUGAUCGGGACUGAGCAGCCGCCCUGUUUGCAGCUCUACUCUCAGCUGUGUAGGAUGUGGUUGAAACCUUCAUGUGGUAACUUCCUGAAACAAGAUACCCGAUGCAGCAGCAGAGAUCCUGGCAGUCACGUCUUCCAUCAGUUACAACAGGUACCGCUGUUUGAUACAGGGACGGAAGUAGACUUAUCCUAAAUGAUGAAUGGUCUUGCUGCUAAAGGUUAGUUUACAUCAGUAAUGUAAGUAAAACAAUAAAAAGACAAACAUUACUUUAUAUGUUUCACUGGUGCCUUGAUGAAGUUUUAUCUGCUGUUUGUUCCUUUUUGCUGCAGAUGAAAAAAAAACGGCACAUUUCAUAUUUGUCAUUAUCGCUGUGCUCUCGCCGAUAAAGGCAUAAAAAAUAUAUCUAAAAGUGAAAUUUUACAUGUCAGUGAUUGCGAAUUACGAAAGUCUUCAAAUAACCGCAGCGUACAGGAAACUCACUCAUGCAGGUGUCGUAACCCUAAAUGUGCUGCCUCUAGCAAACAUGGAGCUGCAGGAAGACCUGAAAGAUCCCUCAAAUAUCCUCAAUCACAACAUAAAAGAAGAAUUUAUGUUUUGGGAUAAAGUUUAGAAAAUAAGAAUCAAACAAAGCAUCCGUUCACAAUAAUCAACAGAAACUCACACUGACAGAAGCUAUUUUAAGUUACUAGAGGACGUGGGGUUUCAGGGUGAACUCCACCUGUUGUACACAUGGCAGGUCUCUGCAGCAUGAAGCCUUUAGUGUCUCAAAGUAUUCUGUUGGAUCUGUUGGGCUCUCAGACCUCUUGACCUCUUGAGAAUAGAUCCGAAAACGUCUCUAGUGCUGCAUGAUGGGAGGAACAAACGGUUGCUUGUGGUUUUGAUCAUGUGCUGCCGUUUCCUUCUGGUAAACAGGUUGAGUUUUAUUAUUGAUGCCGGGUCCCUUAUUUAAAAUAAGCUUACUAUAAAGCUGCUGUUGAUCUGGUUCUGAUGGUCUUACUGGCAGUCUUUAUAAUUUCCUGUACUUCGUACCGAUGGAUGUUCCCAAACACACAAAUCAAGCCAGCUUAGGAUGCUCUGUAAUAAUCAUUGAAGACACUGAAGGAUAUGAAGGUCCCUUCUAAACUUAUUUAACUUAUAAAUCAUAAAUAUUCUUUGCUGCAAGUUUCAGCUUUCAACGGGCACAACCUCACAUAUAUUGAAAGGCUGAGACUCUUUCAACUGAUUCACCAUCGGAGUGGACGACACUGAGGACUGACUGCAUUUAAGAUCAGUCUCCAUUAGGUUGGUCUGUUCCACUAUGGAAGCGGUUCCUACACCGAUUAGAACGCAAAUUUUGGUGCCACUAAAAUGUGUCGAUUAAAAUACUUUUGCUCUGGUGCUCGGGCGUAAGAAGCGUUGCCACCAUUCACUGUAGUGUCUCUCAGUCAUCAGCUACGAGACGACAGCCGGUUUCACUCGGUCGUUCUUAAUACUGCAAGGCUACCGUGAGCCACAGCCUACGCCAAAGAAAGAAGCCUGGCUCAGGAGCAAGCUACAUGUGUUAACUAGCAGAGGCAACAACAACCGCCACCUUAACGCUCUGCCAAUCAGAGGUACUGAAGUGACCAGAUGAAAAAAAAAAAAAUCACGUUCCCUUGGUGCAGAAGAUUUCCUGUGAUUUCAGCAGAGAAACGAUGGCGACAGCAAUAGAGCUGCUGGAAACGUUGGAGGAUCUGGGAGACAGAGAGCUAAAAACCUUCAAGUGGUACCUGCAGCAGCCGGACUUCCUCAAGGACCUCCCACCGAUCCCAAAGAGCCAACUGGAGAGCGCAGACAGGCCGGACACGGUGGAUCUGAUGGUGCAGACUUACAGCAAUCAGUGCGUGGAGGUGGCCAAGAGGGUUUUAAAGAGGAUGAGGAGGAAUGAUCUGGUGGAGAGUUUGUCAAACAGCAACCCAGAACCUGAAGGUCAGUCAGCUGGUGCACCUGCAGCCGUGGAAGUCGAUGAUGUUCAAGAGACUUCAGAGAACGAAGCAGUUUCAUCUGUUCAACCACCAGCUGCUCUUCUGUCAGAUCCUCCAGCUGUCAGCAGGCAGACCGAAGUUGUGACGGUGCCAGUACUACACCCUCCACUACCCAACACAUCGUACCCACUCACACUGCAGUCGGAGCUCCAGAACAUGUUCAAGUGUGCACAACAAGGAUGGAUAGAGCAGCAGCAUGCAGAACUUCUGCAUGAAAUUAACCCAGAGCUGUUCAUCACGGACGGGUGGGACAUACGCACUAACACACAGCAUGAAGUCAGGAAGCCUCAGAUGACUUUGGAAAAACCAGGAGAAUCAGAGAGAACAGUUAAACCCAGCGACAUCUUCAAACACCCCUCCAGAAAAGGCACAGCGAUAAGAACAGUUCUGACCAAUGGGGCUGCAGGAAUUGGCAAAUCAUUCCUUGUGCAGAAGUUUUUGUUAGACUGGGCUGAAAAAAGAGCCAAUCAAGAUUUUCAUCUGAUGUUCCCCUUCGCUGUCCGGCAGCUGAGCUUGUGGAGGAGAGAAAGGUUUAGUUUGGCAGAGCUAAUUCACACAUGUAUCCCAGAAACCAGCGUGAUUAAGGAGCAGACUCUUAAUGACAUCUUCAUAUCUUUACAGAAGUCAAGAGACUCCAACUUUGAGAACAGUGAAUUCAAACUUCUGUUUGUGUUUGAUGGACUGGAUGACAGCGGCCUUCAACUAGAUCUUAUGGGCAAAAUAAGUAAGUCUCUUGACGUUACAGAGCCCACUUCUGUGGAUUUUCUGCUGACAAACCUCAUCAGGGGGAAACUGCUUCCCUCAGCUCGCGUCUGGAUAACGACAAGACCCGCAGCAGCCAAUCAGAUCCCUCCUGAGUGUGUUGACAUGGUGACAGAGAUCAGAGGGUUCAACGACGAACAGAAGGAGGAGUACUUCAGGAAGAGAUUCAGAGAUGAGGAGCAGGCCAGAAGAAUCAUUUCCCACAUCAAGACAUCACGAAGCCUCCACAUCAUGUGCCACAUCCCAGUCUUCUGCUGGAUCACUGCUACAGUUCUGGAGGAGUUGAAGGCCAGAGAGGGAGGAGAGCUGCCCAAGACCAUGACUGAGAUGUACAUCCACUUCCUGGUGUUUCAGAUCAAUCACGCAAAGUAUGGCCCAGAAAAGUGCAUUCAGUACAUUCAGUCACUGGCAAAACUAGCUUUUCACCAGUUACUGAAAAGCAACACCCUCUUUAACAAGGAAGACCUGAAACACUGUGAAAUUAAUAUCAGCAAAGCCUCAAAGUACUCAGGAGUAUUCACAGAGAUCUUCAAACAAGUAUGUGGGCAGAAGAAGGAUGAGGACAAGAAUAUGAUGUUCUGCUUUGCCCACUUGAGCAUUCAAGAGUUUCUGGCUGCUCUUCAUGUGAACAUAUCGCUCUUUGACCACAACAAAAAUGUCAUGCCUGCACCACGACAGACACUCCAAAGUCUGCAUAAAUGUUUCAGCAAAACCUCUGCAACAAGUGUACACAAAAGUGCAGUGAACAAGGCCUUACAGAGUCCAAAUGGACACCUGGACAUGUUCCUCCGCUUCCUCCUGGGUCUUUCAUUGAAGAACAAUCAGACUCUCCUACAAGGCCACCUGACACAGACAGGAAGAAGCUCGAAGACCAACCAGAAGACAAUCAAGUACAUCAAAAAGAAGAUCAGGAAGAACCCCACUCCAGAAAGAUGCAUCAUUCUGUUCCACUGUCUGAAUGAACUGAAGGAUUGUUUUGUAGUGGAGGAGAUUCAACAGUCCCUGAGUUCAGGAAGUCUCUCCACAGAUAAACUCUCUCCUGCUCACUGGUCAGCUCUGGUCUUCAUCUUACUGUCAACAGAAAAAGAUCUGGAUGUGUUUGACCUGAAGAAAUAUUUUGCUUCAGAGAAAGCUCUUCUGAUGCUGCUGCCAGUGGUCAAAGCCUCCAAGAAAGCUCUAUUAAGUGGCUGUAAACUGUCAUGGAGAAGUCUUGAAGCUCUGUCCUCAGUCCUCAGCUGCCAGUCCUCUAGUCUGAGAGAUCUUGACCUGAGUAACAAUGACCUGCAGGAUUCAGGAGUGAAGCUGCUGUCUGCUGGACUGGAGAGUGCACAUUGUACACUAGAAACUCUCAGGCUGUCAGGGUGUAUGGUCACAGAGGAGGGCUGUGCUUUCCUGGCCUCAGCCCUGACCUCCAACCCCUACCAUCUAAGAGAGCUGGACCUGAGCUACAAUCAUCCAGGAGACUCAGGAGUGAAGCAGCUGUCUGCUGGACUGGACAAUCCACACUGGAGACUGGACACUCUCAGGGUGGACCACGGUGGAGAGCAGAGGUUGAAACCUGGUUCGAGGAAGUAUGCCUGUGAUUUGGAGCUGGACCCAAACACAGCGAACACAUUCCUCAAACUGUCUAACGACAACAGGAAGGUGACGCUGUCAAACUACCAGCCAUAUCCUGAUCACCCAGACCGGUUUGACACCAGGGAGCAGCUGCUGUGCAGAAAUGAACUGACUGGUCGCUGUUACUGGGAGGUCAAGUGGAGAGGAGACGUCAACAUCGCAGUGACUUACAGAGGGGUCGAAAGGAAAGGAAGCGAUUUUCACUGGAGGUUUGGAAGGAAUGAUCAGUCCUGGAGUCUCAGCUGCUUUCUCGACCGGAUCUCUGUCUGGCAUAAUGGCGUAGGGAAAGUAAUACCCGCCUCCUGCCCCGCCUCCUCCUCCUCCUCUAACAGAGCAGCAGUGUAUGUGGACUGUCCUGCUGGCUCUCUGUCCUUCUACAGAGUCUCCUCUGACACACUGAUCCACCUCCACACCUUCAACACCACAUUCACUGAACCUCUUUAUCCUGGCUUUGGGUUUGGGUUAGAGUUUAGUUUGGGGGUUGACCCGUUCUUUGGUAGUGAUUCCUCAGUGUCUCUGUGUAAGCUGUAAGUCUACAGUUGGAACAGAUACAGCAGCUGUUCCCUGUCACCCAACACAGACAUUUCCCACACAGCGCUAAUAAAUCUCCCAACAACGUCCAGUUUAAAUCAGUGUGUGUGUGCGCACACACACACGUCUGUAUGUAGAGUUGCACAUGGCUGGAAAUGAGAAUAAAUGUGUUUUCACUCCCAA